AUGCCUUAUACUUUUCCCUCUGAGUUUGAGAGAGGCUCUCAGGCCCAAAGAGAGGCCACAGGCCUGGUGCAUGAGCAGGUCCCCCAGGCCGAGGAGGCUUUUACUUGUCUGAUGCCCCCUACCUUAAGGGAAGUCUUAGAAGAUCUCCUGGAUGAGGCAGUUAGGGAGAUUAAUGAAGAAGAUCAGGAAUCCAGUGAUCAGGCAAGGGAUCUGUACCUCCAUGAUGACAAGACAGUGCAUAUGGCCCUGCGGAAAGAAGCAAUAUCAUUGGUACCAUACCUGCUAUAUAAGUAUUGGUCAAGCCGACCAGUUACUGAGAUGGAAAUGCUGAAUCGUAUCACAGGAGGUUACCAGCAUUACUUCUCUGUGAUCUUAGACAAAGCUUGUGUAUGUAUGCAACUGCUGUUUGGGAUUGAAUUGAAGGAGGUGGACCCUAUUGUCCACACCCAUGUGCUUGUUAUAGCAGCAGGGAUCACUUAUAAUGGUAUUUUGAGCCAUGUCCUUGGCAUGCCCAAGACAGGACUGUUGAUAAUCAUUCUCUGCAUCAUCUUUACAGAAGGCAAUUAUGCCACAGAAGAUGUCAUCUGGAAGGUGCUUAGUAGGAUGGAAGUAUAUCCUGACAGAGAACACUUCCUUUAUGGAAACCCUAGGAAGUUGCUUAUGGAAGAUUUUGUAUGGGAACAAUACCUAGUAUACCAACAGGUGCCUGGCAGUGAUCCCACUGUCUUUAUGUUCAGGUGGGGCCCGAGGGCUUAUGCAGAAACCACAAAAAUGAAAGUCCUGGAACACUGGGCCAAGUUCAGCAGAAUUGACCCAAGGUCCUUUGCAUCGCUCUAUGACGAAGCUUUACGGGAAGAAGAUGGAGAAAAUACCCAUGAUGAUACUCUUUAA